AUGGAUUUCUUAGAUGACAUAUAGAAAUUAUGUCAUGAUUUACACAAAUGUUAAAUUCAGAACUGCGAAAAACUACAUCCAAAAUGUUUUAGCGGAGUUUGUAUAGGUUUUUUAUAAGGGAUGUGCUAAUAAUAAGAUUAUUGUGGAUUAUAUCAUUUUUCACCAGAUGAAUUACAAGAAUAAUUGGAGAAAAAAUCAAUAAAUGGAAUUUAUCCAUGUAAUUUAUGUUAUAAGAAUUGUAAUAAUGAUUAGAAUUGCAAAUAUUUACAUCCACCUUGGUUAUAAUAUAUUUGUGUUAAUUGUAAAAAUAAAAAGUGUGAUAAAAAAAAAGAAGGAUUGUGGCAUACUAAUAGAUGGGAUGAAAUACAAAAAAAAGUGUAUGAAUUAUAUAACAUAAAUAAAUUGAACCCUGAAAUAUUUUGUAAAGAAGUAGAAUGUUAAUGUGAUGCUAAAAAAUAUAAUUUUCAUAAAUAUUGUAUCAAAUAUUUUUAAGGAACAUGUCCUUAUCAUAGAUGCUAAAAACCACAUAAAAAUUGGGAAGAUUUAAAAGACAUUGGAAAUUUUUAGAAUUUAUAAGAUGAAGUUAUUAAACCUUGUAUAAAAUUUGACUAGAAAGUAAAUAAAUUUGUUAGUUAACCUCAAACAUUAUAAUGCAAUGUAUUUAUGUAAAAGAAUCAACUUAAAUUAAUGAUUAACUAAAUUUAGUAAAGACCAUAAGUGGAUAUUAUCUUUAUUUUAGAUUGUACAAAAAGUAUGGAUAAAUGGAUUGAAGUUUCAAGAAAGAACAUCACUUCUAUAAUAACUGAAUUUAAGAAAAAGGUCUAAAUUGAUACUGCAAUUAGAAUGGCUGCAGUAUGUUAUAAAGAUUUUUCUGAAGGUCCAAAUCACAUAAAAUAUCAUAAUUUUACUGUUAGACCAGAGGAGAUUGAAAAAUUCAUUAGUAGCAUAAAAGCUGAAGGUGGUGAUGAUAUUCCUGAAGAUUUAUAAGGAGCACUUGAUGUUGCAUAUAAAUUAAAUAUUUGCAAAGAUCCUGAAAGUCUUUUAUAGCUAUUUAUUAUUACAGAUGCUCCAUGUCAUGGUAGGAAAUAUCAUAAAUUAGUUUAUGAUUCAAACUUAAAUGCUCAAGACUUGGAAGAAAAGUUAUAAAAAUUUGUUGAAUUAAAAUAAAGAUUUUUUUUAUCUUUUUUAUAAAUCAAUGAAUAAACUUAAAUAAUGGAAAAAGUGAUGUAAAGUGUAGUUUAAAAAAAUUAUUAAAGUGCAAAAAUAGCUGAUAAAUAAUUUUCAGAUUAUAUUUUAUUUUCUCUAUCUUCUACUUAUUGUAAAUCAUAAUCAAUAACUAAUAUUAAAGAGUAUUAACAUAUUUCUUAAGCCUAAUUUAGAAAAUAAAAAUAAAUGCAUUAUGCUUAUCAUAAUAGGUAAAAUAAUAAAUAUUAUGAUUAAAUAAUUGAAUAAAUCAAAUAAACUUAAAAAAAAUGUUAAACUUUGUUAUUUAUUGAAAAUGAUGAAUUAUAACUGAAACAAAAAGAAAAAGGAUAAGCAGCAGAGGUAUUUAAAGGAUUUGAUUAAAAAAAUAAUGUAUAUGUUGUGAUAAAAAUUCCAAGAUGGAUUCUUAAAAAAUAUAAUUCUUAAACCUUAACUGAUGAUGAUAUUGAUGAAGCAAAUAAAAUAGCAGAUAUAAAAUAUAAACAAUAAUUAAUUGCAAAAUAAUUGAGUAAUCAUUUUAAUUAUUGUUGCAAAUAAUAAAAAGUGUAGUUUAUUCCUCUUUAUUAUGCUACACCAUAUUUAUAUGAAUUAGAAAAACCUUUUAAGGGUUUGAAGUUAUUAUAUGCAGAGAGUUAUAUUGAUAUUAAUGAACCAUGGAAAAAGUAUACUAAUAAUGCAGAUUACAGAGAUGAGGAAAUCAAUUUAACUGCUUUCUCUCAUUUUACAUAUCAAUAUACUAAUUUUUAGAUGAUAAUUACAGAUUUAUAAGGUAAAAUCAAUAUCUUAAGUGAUCCUGCAAUACAUACAUAAGAUUUAAUGGAUUCAACAAAUUAAUAAGAUGAUGGAUGCCGUAAAUUCUUUUUGAAUUAGCAUCCAGAAUGUUCAAAUAUUUGCAAAAAGCUAGGUUUAGGUUAAACAAUAAUAUAAACAAAGAGUUUAACCUUUAUUGAGGGUUAUAACUCUGAAGUGGAUACUCAAGUAGAGGAUGUUUUUGGAAAUAAAAUUAAUAGAGAAAAAUUAUUCAAAGUUUGCAAUAACUGCAAUGCAUUAGAAAAAUUUGAUGAAGCAUCUAAUAAUUAUGAACUUUGUGAAUAUUGCUAAGAAUAAUAGUAUGAAAAAUAAAGUAUGAACUGUAAAUGUUGUAAUGCUACAUUUUCCAUGUCUUAUAAUUUUGAAUAGCGUUUUGGAACUACAGUAUAAUAUUGUCAAGAAUGUUAAAAUAAUUAUUGUCAUUAAACACUUGAAAAGAGAUGUUAUUAUUGUGGAAAAAGAAUAUGUUUAUAAACAAUUAAAGAAAUUAUAGUUAAUAAAUAGAAAUUAGAUAUUUGUAUUGAUGCUUUUUUCUUUUUAAGAUAAAUUAAAUGUAAAAAUUGUCAUUCAAAUUAUAAUUUUGAUACUUUAUUAAGCCAAGAAGAUUAUUAUGGCAAUAACUAUAAUUGUGGAUGCAAUAAAAUUAACAAAUGA